UCUUCCUUUACCCACUAGCUUUGGAGUGGCUUUCUACGCUGUCGUCGCCGACAGGCAGCACAGUGCCUGCGCUUUGCCUACUCCGCUUUCUUCCUUACCCUGUGACCCAGGAAUCGACCCAAUAUCAAGACUUUCUAUGUUCUUUCAUCGGAUUGGACACUGAUCGCUUGCUGCUUUGGUUGGUUGGUGUUCCUGCUGCUUCUCCAAAGGGUCAACAUUUGGAAAACUUUUAUGUUAUAAGAGGCAGUUAUGGCUACGCUUACUGACAUAGGGCUUGCUGCAGCCAUCAACAUAUUAAGCGCCGUUGCAUUCUUAAUAGCAUUUGCUGUCCUAAGACUACAACCAAUAAACGACAGAGUUUAUUUUCCAAAAUGGUAUCUCAAAGGUGUGAGAGGCAGUCCAACACGCUCAGGGACGUUUGUACACAAGUUUGUGAACUUAAAUUUGAGGUCAUAUUUGAGAUUUCUGGAAUGGAUGCCAGCUGCUCUCAGAAUGCCAGAACCUGAGCUGAUAGACCAUGCAGGACUUGAUUCUGCUGUUUACUUGAGGAUAUACUUGAUUGGACUCAAGCUCUUUGUUCCAAUGGCAAUCCUCUCCUUUGCAAUCUUGGUGCCGGUCAACUGGACGAAUAGUGGUACUUUGGAAAAUUCAAAAGUGGAGUACAGUGACAUAGACAAGCUUUCUAUUUCAAAUAUUCCUUCAGGUUCACAAAGGUUCUGGGCCCAUUUGGUUGUGGCAUAUGCCUUUACAUUUUGGACAUGCUAUGUGCUUCUUAAGGAAUAUGAAAUUGUUGCAUCAAUGAGGCUGCAUUUUCUUGCAUCUGAGAAACGCCGUCCUGAUCAAUUUACAGUCCUUGUUAGGAAUGUGCCACCUGAUCCCGAUGAAUCAGUCAGUGAGCUUGUUGAACAUUUUUUCCUUGUCAAUCAUCGUGAUCACUAUUUAACUCAUCAGGUUGUUUGUAAUGCAAACAAACUUGCUAAGCUGGUCAAAACAAAGAAGCAGAUGCAGAAUUGGCAUGAUUACUAUCAAUUAAAAUAUGAUAGGGAUCCAUCUAAAAGACCUACUCGAAAGACUGGAUUUCUUGGACUUUGUGGUGAUGAGGUGGAUGCUAUUGAAUUUUACACAUCUAAGAUUGAUGAGCUCUCUGAAAAAGAGGCUACAGAACGUGAAAUGAUAAAAAAUAAUUCGAAAUCCAUCAUGCCAGCUGCAUUUGUUUCCUUUCGAACACGGUGGGGAGCAGCCGUAUGUGCUCAAACACAACAAACUCAAAACCCAACUUUAUGGUUGACUGAGUGGGCUCCAGAACCUCGUGAUGUAUAUUGGCAGAAUUUGGCUAUUCCAUUUGUUUCCCUCACAGUCAGAAGGUUGAUUGUAGCAGUUGCCGUCUUCUUUCUUACAUUCUUCUUUAUGAUACCAAUCGCAUUUGUACAAUCUCUUGCUAACAUUGAGGGAAUAGAAAAGGUGGUUCCAUUUUUGAAGCCCAUAAUUGAAGAAAAAACUAUUAAGGCAUUCAUCCAAGGUUUUCUUCCUGGAAUCGCUCUGAAGAUAUUUCUUAUAUUGCUCCCAACAAUAUUGAUGCUUAUGUCGAAGUUUGAAGGAUUUACAUCCUUAUCGGUUUUGCAGAGGAGAUCUGCAUCUAAAUAUUACCUCUUCAUACUUGUUAAUGUAUUUCUAGGGAGCAUAAUCACUGGAACAGCAUUCCAACAACUCAAUUCUUUCAUUCACCAGUCAGCAACGGAAAUUCCAAAGACAAUAGGUGUAUCCAUUCCCCAGAAAGCAACAUUCUUUAUCACUUACGUCAUGGUUGAUGGUUGGGCUGGAAUUGCUGGAGAGAUCUUAAGAUUGAAGCCUUUAAUAAUCUACCAUUUGAAGAAUUUUUUCUUGGUGAAGACUGAAAAAGACAGGGAAGAGGCAAUGGAUCCUGGAAGCAUUGAUUUUGCCUCAUCAGAACCUCAAAUACAGCUUUACUUUCUGCUUGGUCUUGUAUAUGCAGUGGUCACGCCAUUCUUACUCCCUUUCAUAAUAAUUUUCUUUGCCUUGGCUUAUGCUGUCUUUCGUCAUCAGAUUAUUAAUGUCUACAAUCAAGAAUACGAAAGUGGAGCAGCAUUUUGGCCAGAUGUCCAUGGUCGUAUCAUCACUGCUCUGAUUAUUUCCCAGCUGCUUCUACUUGGACUUCUAAGUACAAAGCAUGCUGCAAACUCGACGCCUUUGCUACUAGUUCUUCCUGUAUUGACCAUAUCAUUUCAUAGGUUUUGCAAGAACCGUUAUGAACCUGCAUUUGUUAAAUAUCCACUUCAGGAAGCAAUGAUGAAAGACACAUUAGAGCAUGCCACGGAACCUAACCUGGACUUGAGAGCAUACCUCCUGAAUGCAUAUGUACACCCACUAUUCAAAGAUGAGGAUGACGACGAUAGCUUUUCGGGUGGUGGGGAGCAAGAGUAUGAAACUAAACUAGUACCCACGAAGCGCCAGUCCCAGAAGAACACACCAGUGCCCAGUAAAUACAACGGUUCAUCAUCACCUUCUCUUCCUGAAAUUGUCAAAGAACAGUUAUAAUGUAGCAUGCAUGGUCAUGUGCUCGGUGAUGUGAAUUCCCCUGUAAAUUAGGUACCAUAAGGAGCGGGAUGUCCUGUGUUGUUAAAUCCGUCUUGUCCUUCACUGAGACUACUUGAUGUGUGAUGUAUUUAGAAGGCAUCAGCAAGUGCUGAAGACAGAUCCACGCGAACUCAUGUCAUGUUGUACAAUCCAAUGCACUUAGUUUCGGUAGCAAAAUUAACAAUGUCAAUUUUUUUCGAGAUAUUUGAAAAUGUGCGGAGGCUAAACUGUUCCAAGAUUC